CAAAUCAUAUAGACCGAGCAAGAGAAGAAGCGAACGGAAACCCUUACCCAUUUAAGAAAAAAGAAAAAGAAAAAAGGCAGAGUGAGAAGUGAAGGAAGGGGAUGGAGUGCGUAUUCGGAUUGGUCGGAAAUGGGUUCGCCAUGGUUGUGGCUGAUACAUCGGCGGUGCACAGCAUCUUGGUUCACAAGUCCAACGAGGACAAAAUCAUGCUCCUCGAUUCUCAUAAACUCAUCGCCGCCAGCGGCGAGCCCGGUGACAGGGUUCAAUUUACUGAGUACAUACAGAAGAACGUCGCUCUUUAUCAGUUCCGUAAUGGGAUCCCUUUGACUGCUGCAGCUGCUGCUAAUUUCACUCGCGGCGAGCUCGCCACUGCUCUCCGCAAGGUAUCAAUUUCCCCUUCUUCUUCUUUUCCUUUCAGAAUUAACCCAUACUCUGUGAACAUCCUUCUUGCUGGUUAUGACAAAGAGACAGGCCCUUCACUAUACUAUAUUGACUACAUUGCAACACUUCACAAGCUUGAAAAGGGAGCUUUUGGUUAUGGCUCCUAUUUUUCACUCUCAAUGAUGGACAGACACUACCAUAGUGGAAUGUCAGUGGAAGAAGCAAUCGAUCUCGUUGAUAAGUGCAUUAUGGAAAUAAGAUUGAGGUUGGUUGUGGCACCACCAAACUUUGUUAUCAAGAUAGUUGACAAGGAUGGCGCUAGAGAGUAUGCAUGGCGCGAAUCAGUCAAGGAUACUCCUGCUCCUCCAGCUUGAGUUAACUCUGUUUCUUAUUUUGAUUGGACUUCAUUCCAUUUGCCUAUGCUUUUCUCUUUCUACAUUUUCUUUUCACUUCCUCUUAUUGGUAUUGUCUUUUGUGUUGAAUUAAUAUGUAUGACUAAUUUUAUUCAGAAAUGAAUUUGUGACAAUGUAUGCGGUAGGCUUCAUU